AUGCAUCCCAUCAAGAUUGAAAGUGAGAUUUAUGGAAGAGGUGAAGAGAAAGAAAAAAUCCUUCAAGUAUUGCUCACUGAUGUGUCUGAUCAAGAUAAUCUUGCUAUUUAUGCCGUAUGGGGCAUGGGGGGCUUGGGGAAAACAACACUUGCACAGUUGAUCUACAAUGAUGCAAGGGUACAGAGGCAUUAUGAUAUGAGAAUUUGGGUGUGUGUAUCCGAUGAUUUCCAUAUAAGAAAAUUGGUGAGAGCAAUCAUAGAGUCCAUUGAUGGUAGUUCAUGUGAUCUUUCAGAGUUGGACCCAUUACAGCAACGCUUGCAGGAAAAAUUGCGUGGGAGGAAAUUUUUGCUUGUUUUGGACGAUGUUUGGAACGAAUGCCAUGACAAAUGGAAUGGCUUAAAAGAUGUGUUGAGGUGUGGGUCGAACGGAAGUAAGGUUACAGUGACAACCCGGAUUGAGAAUGUAGCGCUUAUGAUGGCCACACUACCUAUACACCACAUAGGAUGCUUGUCAGAGAAUGAUUCUUGGUCCUUGUUUACAAGAUGUGCAUUUGGGAUGGGAAGGCUAAAGGAGAGAUCAGAAUUGGAAUCAAUUGGCAAGGAAAUAGUGAAGAAGUGUGGAGGGGUACCUCUAGCAAUAAAGACUCUUGGAAGCCUCAUGAGCUUAAAAAGUACGGAAAGUGAGUGGUUAUCUGUGAAAGAAAGUCAAAUUUGGGAAUUACCAGAAGAUGAAAAUUCCAUCUUGCCUGCGUUGAGGUUGAGUUACCACCAUUUACCCCCACAUCUAAGGCAAUGUUUUGCUUUCUGCUGUAUAUUCCCCAAAGAUCAUGAGCUUAAAAGGGAUAAGUUGAUACAAUUGUGGAUGGCUAAUGGUUUUAUUCCCUUUAAAGAACCAUUGGAGCCUCAUGAUGUUGGCAUUAUUAUCUUCAAUGAAUUAGUGCGGAGAUCUUUCUUUCAAGAUGUUGUGGAGGAUUCUCCUAUUAACAUAACAUGUAAAAUGCAUGAUCUUAUGCAUGACCUUGCUCAGUCUAUUAUGGAGCUUGAAUGCGUUGUGGUGGAAUCUGGUAAAGGGGUGAAAGUUCCAAAAAUGAUUCGUCACUUGUCUUAUACUCGAGGCACUUCUUGGGAUGUUGAAGUAUGCAAAGUCCGCUCUCUACGCUCGUGCAUUGCGUUACCAAAUUAUUAUGGUGAGUAUAAAUCACCUCAAUCCAUCUUUUUGAAACAAAAGUAUCUUCGGGUGUGCGACCUAAAAAACGCACCAAGAUCAAUCACUAGUUUAAAACACUUGAGGUAUCUCGACAUGUCUUGUUCCAACUUCAAAGUUUUACCUGAAUCAAUAACUUGCCUCUUGAACCUGCAAACGCUGAAACUAGAUUAUUGUUCGUCUCUUCAUAAGUUGCCCAAUGGUAUGAGGCACAUGAAAAACCUUAUCUAUCUUGGGCUUAGAUAUUGUGAUUCUCUUACUUGUAUGCCUGAAGGGAUGGGACAACUAACGUGCCUCCAAUCAUUAAGCAUCUUCAUCGUUGGGAAGGAAAAUGGUUAUCAAAUAAGUGAGCUGAAAGGACUACACCUUCGAAAUGAGUUGUCAAUAAAGGAACUUGAUAAUGUAAGAAAUUUUGCGGAGGCAAAAAAUGCAAAUUUGAUUGUGAAACAAAAUCUUCAUUCGCUAAGUCUGGUUUGGCAGAACAAAAGUCAGUGCCCUGUACCAGAACAGGUUGAAGAUGUUCUUGAUGGUCUCCAACCUCAUUCAAAUCUGAAAGUGUUGCACAUUCAUAACUAUUUGGGUUCAAAAUUUCCAACAUGGAUGCAAGAUUUACUCCUUCAUGAUCUGGUUGAAAUUUCUCUAAUUAAGUGUGAAAGAUGUGAACAUCUGCCACCUCUUGACAAACUACCAUUCCUCAAGGUUCUUACAACAAGUGACAUGGAUUCUAUGAAGUAUCUUGGCAAUGAGUUACAUGGAGAUAGUGCAAGUUCGUUCCCAUCAUUGGAGAUACUGCACUUAGAUAUGAUGGCUAAUUUGGAGGAAUGGCGAACAAUGGAUGGAAGAGAAAAUUUUCCCCGCCUAAGCGAAUUAAAUAUCUGGCGUUGUCCAAAGUUAGUUGAAAUGCCUAUUAUUCCUUCCAUUACAAGCUUGAGUAUCCGUGAGAGCAAUGCAAUGUUAAUUAAGUCAGUGAUGAAUCUCACUUCACUUUCUUCCCUUCAAAUUGGAAGUAUGCAUGAAUCGACACUUAUUCACUUUCUUCCGGAUGGAUUGUUUCAAAAUCUUACUGCAAUGAAAUGCUUACGAUUUGAUUAUUGUAAGGGACUCGAAAGUCUGCCAGAAGGACUCCAGUACCUACAUUCUUUACGGGAACUCUAUAUAUCGUUCUGUACAAAUAUUUUGUCCUUUCCGGUAAAUGGAUUGCGGGGCUUAUCUUCACUACAGAGGUUACGGAUUCAGAACUGCGACAAAUUCUGCUCUUUAUCUGAAGGAAUUCAAUAUUUAACUAGCCUUGAGGACUUACAUAUUAACUACUGUCCGGAGUUAGUUUCCUUGCCGAAGCAGAUAGGAUGCCUCUCUCCUCUUUAUCUCGCUCUCUCUAUUUUUGCACAGUUUAUAAUAGAAGGAGAUGCAAAGGAGAUUUUUCAAAGCUUACUAAUGGAAUCAAAUGAUGCUUUGCAAUUGGCUAAGAGACAUGUUGAUGGCCAAAUUUAA